AUGCUCCACAGCCCUCUGCUCCUUGCCUCUGGGCUCCUCUUCUCUGGAGGAGGAAAAAGGAAAGGCUCCCGGGGGAUUCCAGUUCUAGUGAAGAGGACGAUGGUGACAGGUGCUCGGAGGUGGGCUGUGGAGGGGGACCUUGGGAACUGCCCGACCUUAUUCCUACGUUUUCCCGCUACGUUUUCCCGCUGGCAGUGCGCUCAGCUGUCGGAACGGGCGGGGCUGGAGUGUCUGCAGCCCAGGAAAAGGGCCGCGGUGGGGAGCCCGGAGCGGGCGCGGGUGCUGGGAGCGCUGUCGCUGCACGGGGCGCUCUGCGCUGCGCGCCCGGCGGGGACAGCACACCGCCCCGGGAGUCCCCAGACGCGGGAGGUCCCUGCAGAUUUCGCACAAAGGGAGGAAUCGGGUCCAGGGCACAAACAAGAUACUGGAGGAGGUGGCACGGAGAGGACGGAUGCGGUUUGCAACCCUACCGAGGUCGUGGCCGCUCGGGGCGGAAAAGGAGGCUCCUGUCUCUCUAGGGUCCAGCUUCACGAUCACCGCGUUUGUCCUCGCCCUGCCUGGGCCUCCCCAACGACGGGAGCUUGGGUGGGGGACCCUGGACCCCAAGCCAAGGCUGAACUGGUGGGCCAAGCCCGGGCAGCAGCCAAGUCCCCAACUCUUUCACUGCUUCUCCCGCAGGCUGAGCAGAAAACCAGGAAGUGGAUGGACUCCAUCUCCGCAGCCACACCCGCUCGUUUGCGCUUACUGAACGAACGGAGGUCCCUAGGAAAGUGAUCUAAAGUCCUGCUGUUAAAAACAAACACUUCUUCCAUAUGGAUCUUGAUUGCCGUUAGUCAUCGAGAGUCUUCAGGAGAUCUGAAGACCCAGAACAAACCAGAAGUGUUGAGGGGGAAAAAGUGUGCAGAAAUAUCUGAGAGAAAACCCCCUACCCUUAGACAAAUUUUUCUUCUGAAAUUUUCUGCUUCAUUGCAAGUUUUAUGUUACCAGUUAAGCUAUAGGGCCUAGAUAGAAAAUGAUAAAGUGUUUUCAGUAAAGUUGAUUAAGCUGCAUGCUUUUA